UCCCCUGUACGGUAUAGGUGUUGUGUAACCCUAUCAGUACUCAUUGUUUUAGUUUGUUGGGUUUUCAGAAUAGAGAUGGCUGGAAGAGGUAGAGAUGAUGCUGCGAUUGCUGAGGCUCUGGGUAUGCUGGCUGGAGUACUUGGAGGGAAUCCAAAUGUUGUAGGAAUGGGAGCUGCUCGUCAACUGAGUGAGUUCCAGAAGAACAAUCCUCCAAUGUUCAAGGGAGCAUACGAUCCAGAUGGUGCUCAGAAGUGGUUGAAGGAGAUCGAGAGGAUCUUCAGAGUAACUGAGUGUGCUGAUAACCAGAAGGUCAGGUUCGGUACACAUAUGCUGUCAGAGGAAGCUGAUGAUUGGUGGGUUGCUACCCGCACUGAGUUGGAAUCUGCUGGGAAUACUGAGAUCACUUGGGCUGUGUUCAAGGAAAGGUUCCUGAGAAAGUAUUUUCCAGAAGAUGUCAGAGGAAAGAAAGAGAUAGAGUUUUUGGAAUUGAAGCAGGGUAACAGGUCGGUUACUGAGUAUGCUGCGAAGUUCACCGAGCUGUCAAAGUACUAUACUCCCUAUAAUGAGGCUGCUGGAGAAUUUUCGAAAUGUGUGAAGUUUGAGAACGGGUUGCGUCCUGAGAUCAAACAAGCUAUUGGAUAUCAGAGGAUCAGGGUGUUUUCUGACUUGGUUGACUGUUGCAGAAUUUUUGAACAGGAUUCCAAGGCUAGAGCAGAGAGCUAUCAGCAGAGGGUUGAUAGGAAGGGUAAGAAUCAGAUGGAUCGUGGAAAACCGUAUGCAGCUGGCAAAGGUUUUCAGAAGCAGAGUGGGAUGAAGAGGCCUGGUGGGGGGGACUCUAGUGCUCCUGCUAAGUGUUAUAGAUGUGGUCGGGCUGGACAUCGUGUUCAUGAGUGUACCAGUGCUGAGAUGAAGUGUUUCAAGUGUGGCAAAGGUGGUCAUUUGGCUGCAGAGUGCCGGCUGAAGACUGUAACUUGUUUCAACUGUGGAGAGUUGGGUCAUAUCAGUCCACAGUGUCCUAAGCCGAAGAAAGAGAAUCAGCCAGGAGGCAAGGUCUUUGCUUUAUCGGGUUCUGAGACUUCUGCAGAUGAUCGUUUGAUCCGAGGUAACGAGAAAUGAGUUGAAUAGAAGCUAACGCUUGGAGUCUAUAGUAGUGUCCUAUGGGUCAUGCUCUGGUAGAUGUAACAUCGGGAGGGAACCUUUUCAUUGUAUUGUUGGAAAUUGUUGAAUUAGUUUACAUGUAUGGUGUUACAUGUCUCAUGCUGAUGUUGAAUUCUAUUCCGCUGCGUAUUAUGCAACUGUUUUAUUUGAUAAAUAAAUGAGCAUGACAGGAUGUUUUGAUAAAUGUUGUGAAAUGAUUG